AUGGUCACAAUCGAGAAGCAAACUCGGAACAGCGUUGCUGGUGGCUACCAGAUCGACCAUGGUCAAUCAGCCCAGUCUAUGUCUAAGGUGCAUAAAUUUCGAAAAAAAGAGGAUGAAGACUUGAGGGAAAGAUGCUUGUCAUUUCUUAUAGAGCAAUUAAAGGCUGAAGACUAUUGGGAUCUGACUUACCUGUUGAAAGCGAUGAAUGAAUGCGAUUUUAUAACCAACUUUGUGAGUUUGAUACAAGCUUCGAAGAAUGGAUCUUGGGUUUUGCCGGAUGAACUCGUAUCUCGCUCCUCAAUCUGUUCUAGAGACAUAGAACAACAAGAACUAACUGCGAGACCUGAUUUAUCACAUGACAUGAACCCUGAGAUGUAUUUUGAAGCUUGUUCCAAACUUGAGGACUUAAAAUUGGAGGCCAGAAAAACUUCUCUUCACAAGGUAAAAGAGAAUCUUGAUGGAGACUCUUUUAGAAGGCAGGAUGAUAUCCAUGUGUGUAUUCAUGAAGUGAUAUUUUCAGCUGUUGAUAAGGAAUCAACAAGGAUUGGAAUGUUGUUCCAUUCCAUUCUAUUAUGGAAUUGGGCUGGAAAUGACGAAUGA